CCAAAAUCGGAAAAUUGUCCGAGAUGAAGCCGAAGAUCAAUUUGAGAGAGGCAGGAAGAGACUUCAAUGUUGCUAUCGUCGUUUGUUGGGCUUCCGUCGCGUUCAAAUCCAGUGGGUAUACAUUGAUCAAGGGUCCAGAUAAUCCCUGCAAUAUUCCUACCAACAAAUAACAGGCCGGGAUCGCAAUGUUCUCCCUACGCAACAACUGCAAUUCAGGAGGCAAUUGUGGAGGGUACAACCAAUCUUGCAAAUUCCAGGGUCCAUUGGGUCCAUCACUGUUCUUCUGGUCAUUUUCAGAGAUAAUUCCAUCCAUGUCAUACUCCGACGAAGUUGUUGGUUCGUCUCCAAAUGCAUCAGCCGUUACGAGUUUUCUGGAAGUUAGAGGCUGCAAUUCGAUAGAUUUGGUACUGCCAGAAGAGACAACACUUUUCACGGCAACCCCGAAAUCAUCGGCUCUAUCUUUGUUGCUGUUGUUGCCAUACUGUUCCGCCAUGGUGUCGAUGUAAACUAGUCCGGCCUGUCUUCCUAUCUCUUCCCCGGAGGUCGAUCAGGUUGGAAAAGAAGUUUGGAAUACCGAUUUACAUGAAUUACGCGUGUUAGGCUGUUAUUACGAUGUCAAUUCGGGUGUCUUUUUUCCGUCGGUGGAAAUAAUUUUUUUAUGAGUACAACUACGGUGGCUAAAACCGGGUGAUAUUGGAAAAAAAUUUACCUCCACAAUUUGUCAAUGGCUAUUCAGUCGUUAAAAAAGCAGACCAUCCCCAAAUAAAUUUACUUAGACCAACAUGCCCUAAUUUCUUGUUUACUCUCAUCACCAACAGUCAUUUCAUCCACAGAAGUAACAACUCAUGUUUCUCACUUUUACGAAUACAUUCUUGUCAAUGUUUUGCAUUACUAGUACCCUUAAUUUUAUCCAUCUUCUUACCACUACUACUAGUAGUACUAGUAGUACCCCCCUUCCUGUAAACUACUACUAGUAUCGUAUAGGAUGGCCACAUUUUUCAGGCCGAACCACCAUACAUACAUUUUUUACUUCAGACAUACAGCGCUAGCAUAUACCUUUCAAUACUCCCUCUAUAACUCCCCCAUGGGACUAGAAAGGUCUUUUUACUAGUAUUGGCUUUCCAUUCAUGUUGUUAUUAAUGAAAAGAGUCCGUUGUGGACCAAGAUAGAGCUGUUAGAGUGAGUUGACCCUUAGUUAACUCUCUACAUGUAUUUUGUAUGGUGUGUUGAUUUUGGGCCAUCUAAUCACAGUGUAAAGACUACUUUGACUCAACGCAUCCAGUCCUAGACUCAAUGCAUUCUAGUCCCACAAAGGACACUUUGCACCUCACCAAUAGACAAUGUCCUCACUAAAUUAGGCCACUAAUUGUGUGAACUCAGAACUUGGCAAUACCCCUCCUACACGCCUUGCAUUCAGCGUGCUAGAGAGUUUACCUAUGAUGAGUGGGCACAUCCCCCUUUCUACAUGGACCAAAGCUUUUCCUUUGAUUCUGACAACUAUGAGGAGAUGAAUUGUGAGAACUAGUAGCAACCAAAUAACCAACCCAAAAUGCAACCAAAAAUGCUUGCACCAGCAAAGCAACUGGCAAAGCAACAGAAUAACCAACCAGGAAUGCAGUUGCCUCAGCAAGAAAGCAACUGGCAAAGCAACCAGCAAAGCAACCAAAUGAGCAGACGGAUGAACAACAAACAAAUGAGCAAACUAUCCAUAGGUCUGUUGCAGGAGAUAUAAUUUUUUAAAAAUAGUGAUGCUGAGAAAGAAGUGGAGGGAGACAUUGAUUCAAUUUGUUGUUGUCAAUUGUUGUUGCCGAUAGUAGCUUGCUGAUUAGUGUUGCUGUUGAAAUACUGCUAUGGAUAGUAGGACUGAUGCAGGAGAUAUACUGUUGCUUAAUAGUGAUGUGGCUGUAGUGUCAAUGAAGGGGGGGGGGGGGGGUGAGUAGAUGUUGGUUGUUGGAAUGAGAAGUGCUUUCACUGGGAUAAUGGUAGCUACAGCACAUGGUUGUGAGGACUCCUCUGUGUCCAGCAAUUGACAGAUUGUUGCCUUCUUCCAGCUACCAGCAUAAUGAAGGAGCAAUAUUCACUGAGCAGUAUUGGUGCAACAUUGGACAGUAUUUUAGGUCAAUAUGUUCAUCGAGAAUGUGUUUCUGACACCUUGGUUGCGGUUGGGGUUUUUUACUUGGGAAAAAGAUAGCCCAAAAUGUACAACUGGUUUGUACUACAUCUGCUGGCCAGUCCUAUAUCAUAACUUCCAGCUGGCCUCAAAUUUAGAUACAGAUGUUUCCCCUACUCCAAAUUUGUGGUAGUACUUUCUGCUGACGUCAAAUUGUUACCCCUACCCCAAAUUUGUAACACCAGGACUUCUUUCCCCUGUCUUUCAUUUUACACAUGAUACAUCCAAAGUAUGAUAAAAAUCAAACAAUAUAUCCCUCACUCCACCUGAUCAAUCCAUUUCUUUCAUUCCAUGUGCAACUUCAUUGGACGGUCAUACCAAAACUUCAAGCAUGAUAUCUCACACCACCACCAAUUUCAAGAUAGAAGGCAAGCCCCAGUACAAUGCAAGAGCAAUGAUCAAUGGAUCUGAGCAAAAUCUGUUUGGGACAAACCCUUUCUUAUCUCACAUUCUUAGACAUCUGUUUGGGACAAACCCUUUCUUAUCUCACAUUCUUAGACCACCUCAUCUUUGCUGUAAGGAAUCUAGUAGGAAACUCAGCAGAUUGUUCAAGGCUAUCCUUUCCCACAUGCACUGUGUCCUUAGUCAUCAUAACACCCAAUAAGGUGGAACUGAAACUUACUAGUACUACUAUGUAUUGAAGUCUUUUAGUCUUCUAAUUACUAUAUGUCCAUGGUUCCCCAUUAACUCUACUAGUGUUUGCAGGAACUCAUUCUUGCUGAGUGGUCAAUCCAUGCUGCUUGCCUGCCCACCAGCAAGGUCUCUAGUUUCCUUUUUGGUGAUAAUAGGGUAUCAUUUUGGAAUUGAUUAUUCUUGUCUCAUCAACUCGGCACUCGACAUGAUCCAUAAGCGCCACCAGUAGCCCUUGUGGUAUCUACUCCAUUGCCCUGGUCGGUAAAUGUCUUGCAGAGGUGUCACAGCAGGCAAGGCAGGGGAGGACACAUGUGUUCUUUCACUUGCCUGUGCUGCUGUUAGUACCAUUUUUUACUUGUUACCAGCAGCCAGUAUUAGUAGUUUCUUUAAUAGCACUACUAGUAGUACUAGUAGCUCCUUGAUCUCCUUGUAUUCCAAGUUUUUGUCCUUCCUUGAUUACAAUUUGAGCUCAUGUAUGCUUUAUUUUGUGAGCUUUUUGAGAACCACACACCUUCAUGACAAGAAGUCAACAGGAGGGGGAGUUGCAAAAUGGUAACAUUUCAGUGUAACUUGUACUGUAUUGAGGAACCAAAAGAGGUAUGGUGCGUAUGCGACCAAAUGAAAAACCUAAUGCAGCUGCAAAGUAGAAUCUCUACCACCACAUAAAAGUACCGUGGUAAAUGGGGUACAAGGUUGUGGUGUUAAAUAUCGCGUGCGAUUUAUAACAGAUUAUGAGUCAAACUUUUGAGAGCCAUGUUUAGUAACCUGGAGCAAGCUUUGCAUGCUUGGUAAUGAUAGCAAAGGACCAAUCAGAUUUAGAGAAUCCAUGGUGGGCUGGAAAGGGUUUUCUUUCCUCUCCACAAUGAUGUGAACAUUACUGGGUGUUUCUUUUCAAAAACCUUUUUGGGCUUGUUGAUUUCUCUCUGCACCAAAAAAUGCAAAAAACUCUCAUUUAAUCAACCUCAACAUAGGGACCUGUCACCUCUUUAGUUCAACACUUUAACCAACACUAACAGCGCAAUUGACAUACAAGACCUCUUCAUUAUAACAAGAAGGACAGGGGGAUCUGGAAGUCUUGGAUUGAUUGACCGAGUGGUUUAGAAGAAACACUAGUAGAUCUAAGCAACAGGGAAAAAUCGUCGUGAAAAUACUCGUAUCAGCAUCCUUGUAUCAGCAUCCUCCGUAUCAACCCCUGUCCAGCACCUCCUCCAUAUCAGCAUCCUCUGUAUCAGCGAGCCUCCGUAUCAGCAUCCUCCAUAUCAGCUAGCCUCCGUAUCAGCAUCCUCCAUAUCAGCUAGCCUCCGUAUCAGCAUCCUCCAUAUCAGCUAGCCUCCGUAUCAGCAGCCUCGUAUCAGCAGCCUUGUACCAUCAGCAGCCUUGUAUCAGCAGCCUCAUAUCAGCAGCCUUGUUGUAUCAGCAGCUCCUCCGUAUCAGCACCUCCUCUGUAUCAGCAGCUCCUCCGUAUCAGCAUCCUCCAUAUCAGCAGCCUCGCGUCCUUCUCCAUAUCAGCAGCCUUGUAAAUAUUUUUUUUGGGUUCCAGGUGGAACUAAGUGACAGCUUGAGCUCCAGGGUGUAAUAUAUCGCAUUGUUCUUCACGCAGGCCUGUGUAGAAAUAGUACCAGAAAAAGGCUGUCACGCGAUAUUUCACACCACAACCUCGUAGUCUCAAUUGGUGAAAUAUGAAAUAGACUACAUAUUUCUACGUAUUUGAAGCAUCAGUGGACUCUUCCGACCGUUUUGAGAAAUUGGAUUCAAAAAUUUGGUUCUCGUACCGGUCCUACAUUUUUACACGGAAAACUCUCUUUCGACGGAACACAAUUCGCCUCCCUUGUUCGUCAAUUGUCAUCAUAAUUAGUGAAUUGUGCCACUAGUUUCGAUAAUACUUAAACUUACCCGCCCUCAUGGAAUAACCUUAAGUAAACCAAAACAAUUUGGGAAUGACUUCAGAUCCGCUUUAUGCCAAUCUUCAUCAAUCAUCGAAACGACACACGUAAUUUCGAUUUUAAAAAAGUUUAUCUAAGAGUACAGAGAGGACUGUUUUGAGUCUCUGACGCUUCUCCGUUGAUGGAAAUUCAGCAGCGUACAGAUAAUCUCUCACCAAACAAUCUAAUCGCACCCAACAUUUCCACAAAUGUAUCGACUAACAGUAAGUGUUUAGAGAUUAUGAUGGCGUUGAUGACAAUAUCCACACAGAUUCCCUGCCGCUGGACUGAAUAGUUAUCGAAACCAGAAUGUUUGCCAAGCUGCUGGUGACGGCUUUGGUUCUCUGGAUUAAUCUAAGUGUCUCUUACGGCGAGGAUACGGCCGACGAUAAUAUAUUUGUUGGAAACAAUGGCAAUAGUACGGAAGAUGAGUUUCCAAUUGACUGGGACUACGAGGCGAUCAUUGUGGUACGCUGGGAUAUUGAAAGCCCUCCAAUCGUUGAAUACGACAAUCUCCAAUUUGAUAUUCAAUUUUCUGUCAGCGAUUAUAUCGAAGCAGAAAAACACGUUCGAUAUAACGUAUAUAAAACCCCCGAAUGUGGAAAUCCAGAUGAUAUCAUCACAGCUAGCGACGGGUACAUGGAAACCUGGGUAAGCGAAGACAAAACUCCCAUUGGUCCGGGGCUUGACGAGAAUGUCAAAAAAGUCGUAACGGUCUCGAACAAACUCAACUCUCAAACCAUUUCCCAAUCGGAGAUCUAUAGUGAGGAUUCAUUGGAAACUGGAACAGAUGCAUCGAUAACGUACUGUGUUCUAUUCGGUCUUUGGAACGGAGACGGUCCCUCGGAUCCGGAUGCUAUGAUGAUUAAUGACAUGGCAGUGACAGUCAUCUUGUCUCUCGAUCUAGGUGACGACUUUAAAAUCACGGGCCAAAACGUAGCGGCAAAAGCUAGAGACGUGGAGAUCUCCGACGACCGAUUCUUUGUUGAAGCCUUUUUCUGCGACGAAACUGGGAAACCACCAACUCUGGUGGCUCCAAAAAGACAGGGUUCCAUUGUUCGGGUCUGUGUCCAACCCACGAAACAGGCAGCGGAUGUUGGUUUCCGAAUGCAAAGCAUCGAUGAGUUCGACUUUGCCCAGGGAUCGACCUCCCAAGAAGCAAUUUCCGACGGAAAAGAAUCUUCAAACGCGCUCACGCGACUUUCCUGUAAGGAAGGCGCCAAACAGUGUUUCUUUGACACCGUCCUCCUCGCCAGUUUUUACGAAAGCGGCCCCGAAGGGGCUCCAGGGCAGAUAAACGGGGAUGGGGUCGCUACCUUGCAGUGGGGGGGCGAGGGGGUUGAUCGACGAUUGCAAGACAUUUUUCUCGAUCAAUCUCUAGAGUUUGCAACCGUCGAAAGCAACUCGGAGAAAGACUACACGAUCAGUGAACAGCUCGAUUUCGACUUUGAGAGGCUCUUGCGAGACCGAACUUCCCAGAAGAGCAUUCAGCUUCCAAAUUUUGCAGUCCAGAUCGAAGAAGGGAGUCAGAGACCGCCGCUGAAGGCAGACGUCGUGGCCAAGUCCGGGAAACUAAAUCCGCUGCUGAUUGUGUCGGCAGUAGUACUUUGCGCCCUUGUCGUGCUUUCGCUGAUCUACAUUCAUUACACUUCACCAAAAGUUCGGAGUAAAGAAGUGGAAGAAGGCGAAGACGAAGAAAACAAUCAACGCAACAAUUCGCAGACGCUACCAUUGCCUUCACCAAGUGACGAGGAUGCUUCCGAAUGCGAAUGCGAAUGCGAAGACAAUUCCAAUGCCUUCGACCACGAAGAACAACGCGGUACCAAUCAAUUGAGGCUCUCUGUAAUAGACGAAAAUCCAACCGGAGUGUUCAGUGCUCGGUCCGUUCUAUCCCGAGGCUUCUAAGGAAUGCUUCUGCACGUGGGACACAUCGUGUGUUGAAUGGAUUUGGCACUCAUCGGUAAAACAGCAUUACGCAGCGAAAAAUUUUCGAUAGAACAUGUAAAAUACACCAAUCCUAAAUGGAAGAAUGAUGUAUCCUAAAAUGAAUAGAAGAAAAAAGUUGAUUCUAACAAAAUUAAUAGCAAGAC